AUGAUUUUACGGAGCGUUUACUUUCUGGUCGCUGGACUCCUGUCCUUCGCCCUGGCCGAUGUCCUUGUCACCGGGCCCGUUGCGGGGGAUGCUAUUUCUGGACUUUCGUUGGACAUCGAGUGGAAGGACUCAGGGAAGACACCAAAGAUUGCAGACCUGGCAUCUUACCAGGUCUUUCUGUGCGCAGGUGGCAACACCGAUACGAACUUUGUCCAACUGGCAACACUUGUACAGAAUGGCGACUUCGCCGACGGAAAUACUGUCACCGUCACGUUGACCGCUGGCCUGGGUGCUGACGUGACAAACGCCUACUUCUUGAAGUUCAUUUCGGCAGCCACAGGUGGCACUGUCAUCAACUAUUCGGACCGGUUUUCUCUGAGGAGCAUGACAGGAACAUUUCCGGCAGCAGUACAAGCGGGUCUGAAAACGGUAACUGGUACGGCUGGCCCGGCAGAUGUCAACAAUAUUCAAGCUGCCCAAGCGGGAGACACACAAGACACUGCCCCAGCCAACGGAGCCUCAGAGUACGACGUUCCAUACACCCUGCAGACAGGGAGCAUUCGUUACGCGCCAAUGCCACCCCAGGCCCAGACCAAGAUCACAGCAAAGAACGCUUCUCCCCAAUGGCCAUCGAGUUCGUACACGGUCUACAAGACCAUUGCUGGAUCCCCAAACGCCGCCACUACCCAUACAGCAACGGUGACGUUCCAUACCUCGAGUAGAGAAGCGACAGUUGCCGCAGCUGGCCAGCCGAGUGACGCUGCAAUGCAAAAAUUCCUGAAUCGAUGGAAGGAUUAA